AUGGCAGCAAAAGCUGCGCCACAAGCAGAGCCCUCUGAGGAGGCGAGAGAUCCUGACCUGACGAUGUCCCGAUGCAGCGAUUACUGCUCCGGCACCAAAGGAUCCAGCGAGCGCUCUCUCUUCGUCUGCGGCGACCGCCGUCUCGGACCUGUCACAAUCCCCACAGGUCUCCCACUCUCCGGAAUCGCCGGCUCAGACAGCACCUACCACCGCUUCGGCGGCCUCUGUCCAGGCGAAUUCCUCGCACGCUGGACCGACCCUUCAGGCUCCUACGUCUAUCCCGCCUUCGACGGCUACCAACUCACAGCAAUGGGCGAACCAGCCAUGUCAGACUUCACUCUCCCCGUCGGAACCUUCCUAGAUCGUUUCGGGAGCGAGUAUGGCAAAUACAUGAGUCCUGCUGGCACGCCUUAUGCUCAAAGAUCUCUGCCGCCGACGAAUCUGGCAGCGGAUCCUGGUGCCGAGUAUCCAUACAACUAUCACGUGUACAUAGUUAGCCGCAGCUUGUCAGUCCAAGGCGGGCCAAUUGCGACGUGGUUCGAGCAGCAAGGGCUGGGCGUGCAAUUUUUGAUGCCGAGUACUGUGAUGGAAUUGGUCGACCAAGGAUUUCUGAGCAGGGUCAAUUUGACCGCUGAUCCGAACUGGAAGAAGAAAUGA